AUGGAGAGAGAAAGAGAGGGAGGGAGAGAGAUCGAAAGGGAGAGACGGAAAGAGAUCGAAAGAGAGAGAGGGAGAAUAGAGAGAGAUGAUGAGAGAAAGAGAGUGAGAGAAAGAAGAGGAGAGAAAAGAAGAUGGAGGGAGAGAGAGAGAGGGGAAGGGAGGGAGAGUGCGUUAAACUAAAGAUCAAAUUAAUAUUGGUUAAACCAGUUACCGGUGGGUAACUGGUUUCCGAAGGAGGAGAGAGGAGAUGUAUGAGGGUCAGGUAGCGUUGAACCUCUCACGGCAACACGCGAUAGGAAUCAUGAAGAUAGUUGCGACGAGCUGGCGGAGGGUGAUGAUCGCUAGGCAGCUGACACCCUCAUCUAUGGCCUUCUUGAUUAGCGAGUUCAUAGUCCCCAGGGCGACGUUUACUGCAAGCAUCGCCACCACCGGGCGCCAUCUGUCAGACCACGCAUCGCCCGCCAUGGCCACCGGUGGGUUCCGCUCAAAGCCUGUACGCUAGGGCUACAUACAAACACAACCCAAGCCUAUGAGAUGCUUCCCGGGAGCAGCCAAGAUGUUCGUCUUCCGUCAAGUCCUUGGCUUUUAUAGGCCUCCAUUCUUCUCUCUCUCAUCUUGCAUAUACCCUCCUCUCUCUCUUCCUCUCCCGGCCGCCGCCCCCUACAUCCCUGCUGAUCUCACCCGUCUGUCGUCAGCAAUUACCGCAGGGUACACGGGGCGGAUGUCUGAACACAUGGUCGUCUGAUCUGCGGCUACGCAUCUCCCUUAUCUACACUUCCCACCGAGCCAGAGCCCUAUGUUUCCACCUUGAUGUUGCCCCCACGAUCUCAAGGGCCUUCACCCUAGCCCCACCAUUGACCCCGUCGGUGCUCUUCUGAUCACGAUGGGAACAACGUUGCUGUUUCAGUUAUCCCUGUGAUGAAAACAAGGUCCACAUAGUAAGAGUAAGUUAGCACUACUCCGAAAGCUAAUCAGUAAGCUGUCGUCCUUUCUCAGCGGUCAAUGGCGAAAGUAGAGUCACUAAUCCUAAAAAAAAAGUGGGCUGUCAGCUGGCUUUUUACGCCUCCCACCACCCCAAAGAGAACCGGAUGGUUUCGUUCAAGAGAGGAAGAGAUUGGUCCCUAUCUUCCAGUAAUGAGUGGAAUCACUGUUGGUUCUCCACUGACGCCCACGAAGCUUCUCUCACUCCCGCCGGCUGUCCCUGGCGGCGAAGCACAGAGGUCAAGCGGGGAGGGUGGGUGAGAUCAUGCGAUAAGUAUGCUCUAUAAGUUGGAGUCUGCACGCAUGGUGCGCUAGUCGGAGGCCUGCGGAGGCCGACCAUUGGCCACGGUGAGAAAGGCGGAGGAGGCCAUGCCGCGGCGGCAGGGGCGAGAUCUCAGUGGAUGCCUUGCGGGGGAUUGUUUUGCCGUAGUUUAUGAUAUGUAGGGGCUGGGGGAGUGGUCGGUGUGUCUUCCGGCGAAUAAACAAAAGGUCUGCAUAAUAGCUACUUAUAAAUAUAUGGGUUGCUUUCAGAAACGUGUCUGCGGCGAGUUGAAUGUGAUAUGUGAUGUUCCCGGGGGCCGUGUUCCCGGGGCGGUGGGGAGAAAGUAGAGUCACUAAUCCUAAAAGAACGUGUUCCCGGCGAGUUGAAUGUGAUGUUCCUCAUGAGAUGUGAACUAGAAGCAGGAGGGGGCCGUGUUCCCGAUGGGGGGAAGGCGAGGAGAGAGAGAGAGAGAGAGAGAGAGAGAGAGAGAGAGCAUUGCUUAUCCUGGUCAUUUCCACUGCAAGGAAAGUCCUCUUCUCAGUACUAGCUAAUCAUAAAGAUGUUACCUUUCACCAUUGUUGGCGUUCUGUGUUCAUCCAAAACUCUAAGAUUCUCAGAUUCAGACCCAAGCCCCGUCUGUUUACUAAGAUGUUAGCCAUGUUGUCAUUGCCAGUCGCCAGAUGAACCUCUUGCUGCCACGUUACUGCUCCCAUCGGCCGUGCCUCGCAGCUGGCGGCCACGGCAUCCUCCGCCGUCAUGAGGAACCACACUCGGGGGCUUCGGACCUGUUUUCAUCUCUUCUUUGAGGACGGGCCAUGUUAAGGCGUAAGGAGGCCUCGGCCAGGGCCAUCAAGAUGGUAAAUUCUAAUCUCGGUGUCGUUCUGGAAAAAAAAGAGUAACUUAAAUAAAAAGAGCGAGUAACACAAGUAAAAAUCCUGCGGUAAACGAAUAUUUUCUUUAAAAUAAAUUUAUUAGAUGAUUCAGAAACAUUGCUGUCAGAAAAUCCAGUAUUUAAGUAAAUAAAUGAAGGCCCAAUUGGAGCCCAUUUUUUCGGAGAGACCCAUUCUGUGCGCAUAUCUCUCUCUACGCCGCUGCCGUAAACGCCGGAGCGGAUGUGUUAGAGGUCGUCAUUGAAUAGUUUGUUCGUGUAUUCCCCCUCCCAUAUUUCCUCUACGCGUAACUCUUUGCUGCUGAUUAUAGUUCGUCACUAUAUUUGCUUUGGGUCUUAGGGUUUAUUUCGGUGUUCCGGGCCGAUUGGCGAAAGUCGCAGGUGCCACAGCUGCCCCCAGCAGAGACGGCGUCGCUCGCCUUCGGAAUAUGCUAGAAUUACUGGUCUGAAGUGUCUGUAGAUGCGGGAUUCCUCGCCUCUUAGUCGGUCACACUUUGUUGCUCGAUUGAAUCGUUGCUUUCAAGAUUUCGAUAUAUUGUAUCCUCUCUUCAUCGUUACGUUCCAUUUCUGUAUUUCUGAAGAAAAUUUCGUUUCCCUUACCUGUUGAUGGGGCUUUCUGGUCGGCUUGUCCUAGCUUCGUCUGGGUGUCCUACGACAAUGACCAUCAAGGCCUGGCUCAGCUUUCUAUGUGGAUGUAACCUUUUUAUUGUGGUUUUGAGGAGCUUGCAACGUGAUAAUUUUCUUGAUGGAAUUAGGGCAAAGUGGUGUAGUUCUGCAUUCUGUGUGGCUGCAAUGUGGCACAUUAAGUUCAUUGAAUAAAAAGUUUUACUUUGUUUAAAAAUCAAAGGCUUCAAUUCUUGGCCGUAAUUGAUCAUCAUGUGGAAUAAGUUGGGCAUCUAGAAAGAUUCUUUCGCUUUUUCCUCUCUGAUGAAAGUGCAGGGCGUGAUUCUCUUUAUCCUGUGCAUGAAUUUUAUACUUUUCUUGAAUAAUUUCAUCAUGUGGGGCUCUUCAGUUCCCUAGUUGGUCCUCGGUCGACAUAAAUGCUGGAUGAUUUCGGUAUAGCCGAUGGCCUUCGGAAUUUUCGCGGCCUAUCGAUAUUUCUUUGAAAAUCCUAAUCCAAAGCCAUUUAUUCAGCUUUUUUUUGGUCAGACAAAGGAUCGCUGUUAUCAGUCGGCAUCGGUCCAUCGAGUGUAAAAGAAUAGAUUGGGAGUGAAAAUCACACCAUGCUACACCUUGCCGAGGGCGACGGAAGAAACCUACUACGAUGUACUCUAUGUUGAAGAAACCGCAAGAUAUGAGGAUAUCCCGAGCACAUUACAAGACGGCCGUCCUUGUCUCACAUCUAGACAAGAUCAGCUCCAAACAGGCAGUUGGGGAUCGCCAGGAGUUACGAGAGAGAUUUCUGAGAAUCCACAUGGCCUGGGAAGUUCUCAAUGAUACAGAGUUGAGAGCAGCUUAUGACAGAGGCUUGAAGGGCUUGAAAUCUGCGUCAUCAGUGUAUCCAGACGCAAUUGAGUUGAAGGAUGUGAGUGAUUCUAGUGACCCUCUGGAGCUCAUUUUCCCUUGUAGGUGUGGAAAAAAAAUCUCGAUUACUGCGGAUGAACUGGAGGAGAUGGGAUUCCUGCCGGAUAAUGGCGAGGAGUUGGAGGGGCAGGAUGUCUCUGAUCUGGCACCUGUGUCCAUAAAAGUUUCUUGUUCCUCUUGUAACUUGAUGAUUUUUUCGAGAAUAGAUCGUACUUGAAUCCUCUCUAUGUAGAAUUUGUUAAAUCUGAUGGCUUAUAUUGUAUGAGUAAUUAAUUGAAGCUAAAAAUAUACUCGAAUCCGUGAGUGUGUGAAAGCUAAGGUGUUUGUCACCUGAAGCUUGGGUUUUUUAAUGAUUUAUAUAGUCUAUACUUUCGGACAUAUAUUUCUCAAGAUCGCUACUUACUUUUUUAUGGGUGAAAGAAUGUGGAUUCAAUUUUCAGUUUUGCCAAACACGCUUGUAAGAUCAUUAGUAUUUGGAACUCCACAUGUGACCACACUUUAUCAAAUUUCCUUUUACAAUUACGAUUAAUCUAAUCGGCAGAGAUUUUAAUGUUUUGGUUGUGACUUGGAACCAAUUCCACCCAAUGCCAACUUGAUAUUAAUCGGUUAAAAAUGUGGAUUUCAAUUGAACUAACUUGAUAAUUUUCAUAUUGGAAUCCAAAAUUAAGUGCUGGUGGAAUUGAGCUCACUCUUAAUCCCUGGUCCCUUGCGUCUUGAGUCACUCUAAUACUCUCUCUCUCGGAUGGGCGUAUUGGAGGGGCUGAGUUAGGCUCAAUGUAGAUUUUCUGGGCAUUAAUUCAACAGAAGGGAAUUUCAAUUGUACAAAGGGGUAAAGAAUAAUGCAUAUUUCGAAUCUACUCAAACCACCCUAAAGAAUAACUCAACUGUCGGUGCAUUCUAGUUAUAUUUUGUAUUUUGAAAUUAGAAGUAUAUUUCAGGAAUUUAUUCGUGAAUCUGUUGUCUAAAUAUAUCAGCAUCACAACUACUGCAUAGGUUGAUGUCCUAAAUUUUUUCUGAAGAAAAUGUAAGCUGUUAGUAUACCGAAAUCUAUUUAUUUUUAUAGAACCAAUUUUACUUUAUGUUAUGUUUGACACUCAAUAAGGAAGAUAAUUUAUUCAAUGGCUAUGACCAAUUUAUUUCUAUUUAUUGUAUACAAAGAAUUUUAUUAAGAUUAGGUUACACAAAAGUCAUACUAUUUUAUGGAGUGUCUGAACUAUUUGAAGAAAAUCAAUUUAAUCUCAUCUCUAUUUAGAUGUCAUUUUAAAUAAUAAAAUAAUAUUAAAAUUCUCACAACCUAUUACUAAAUAAUAUUUCAUCGUGUACAAAAUAGUAUUUAUAGUUUUAUGACUUGAUUAUUCCAUUCAAUCCAUGCUUACAUUCUAUAUCAUUCUUUUCGUACAUUUUAUAAAAGAAAGUAAAGAAAGUAAGGAAAUCAUAAACCAAAUCGUUUCUUAUAAAUGAGUAUCAAUAAUUUUUCUUAAACAAACUUUCAUUUAUGUUAUCAGGGACAUCAUAUCACUUGUUACUAUAUUCUUAGAUCAAUCAACCCUAAUUAUCUCUAUAGAAUUAGGCAAUUACUAUUCCCACAGCCUGAAGGAUGAGUCUGGAGAAUCUCUUUCUGGACUAUCCGAAUCAUGCUGAUGUAUCCAGACGUGCUUUAUUUGUUCCUUUCUAUCGAUAAAACAAUAAAGACUACGUAGACUAUCGUCAAGAGGAAAGGCCAAGUAAGAUUAUGACAAAGAACAAUCGAAGUCAGUACCUGCUUGCAUCCCUCAAUCUAUAUCAAUAACCAAUGUGUUUGAGCAUCAGACUUCUGAAUGUUAAUGCGUUGCAUUAUAUAUAUCCAUAACCAAUGUGUCUUGAUGAAAGUAAUUUAGUAAUGCUAAUGUGUUGCAUGUGUUAGGAUGGAAUUCGAGCUCACUAUUGCAUUACUGGCUUUCUAUGAAGGAUUGUGAACAUUAUAUAUAUAUAUAUAUAAAAAUGUUUCAAACUCACAUGUAGGUUAACAGAUACAUAGUCACUUUACUAUAUCCCCAAAAAAAUGAGAAAUAGUCAAUCAACAGUAGGGCUGGAGAUUUAUGUAGUUUGUACUGAGUAGCAAUAGAUUGUCCAAUAAGUUAUACUUCUGUAGAAAGAGUGCGCAGACCAAAAUCGUAAAGAAUUAUUAACACAAAAUGAAAGCUUUUGAGAGCCGAUGUUAAUGAGAUCCAUUGACGCGUGGAUUAGUUUCCCAGUAUUCUGCUAUGUAGUAUGGAUUAAACGAUUGAAGCAGCUCCAAUUCUUGGCCUGGAAGAUACAACACUUUUGGUCGGUAAUUUAAAGUCGAAGGCUCUAGCCUUGAUGUACCCAUUAUGUGCUCAUCCCUGAGUGAUCACUUGUGCCUAGGUUUGUCUUAUGAUUUCAAUGUAAAUUUUUCCGCUGUAUAAAGGGCCGACAGGAUAUUCCGGGAAGAGAGCUAGCGCAGGAUGUUCGAAACAUCUCCGGCGCGGGAUGCUAGGAGAGGCCCGGCGCGGGCUGCUGGAGACGGGGGAAUGAUGAACAAAGGGGAGGCAUGGGCAGGCGCAGAUGGUGGGAGAGGCCCCGCACGGGCUGCUGGAGACGGGAGGAUGAUGGACAGAGGGGAGGCAUGGGCAGGCGCAGAUGGUGGGAGAGGCCCCCCGGCGCUCCGGGGGGCAGCGCGUCACGAGGGCCGGACAGAAAAACGGAAAGGGGAAGAGGCCCAGAGUAGUUCCGUGAGGAGCGUGAAAGAGGGACGGAAGCCCGAUAACUCUUCUUUUUUCUCGACUCUUCUUUCUUUGUUCGUUUUUCGCUCUUUCAUUGCAAAGAGGGCAUCUCGUACCAGAGACGCCCGGCGGUGCACGCGGACCGGCUUCUAAUUCGAGGUUGUUUUCGGGACGCACAACGAAGAGCGUAAACAGCGGGACGAAUCCUGAGAAUCGCAGUUUUCCAAGAUGGAAAGCUAGUCAACUCAGAAAUUUCUUUUGUUUUAUGAUGAGAAGGGAUCGGAUUUUAGGGACGUGACACCAUUUAUCGGCCGUUCGCCAAGAGUGGGCAAAUCGGAAUGAGCUGUAUCCAACAGCCGGAAGAAGGAGAGUGUGGCCAGUCUAAAGAGAGAGAAGAUGCGCAUCGUUGACCUGAUUUAAUUCUCUACGGCCAUUCUCAUCACAACUUCAUAAAGGAUUGUGCCACCUUUCAAGUAUCCGUAAGAAGCACUUACCUUAUAAUCAUUCCCAUGAAAGGCCUGAUUAGAUUAAAAGACGCUAGCGUCAGGGACAUUGCCCGCACGAGUGAGGCCUUACAGGAGGCAGAAGUUGCCUAUUUUUCCAAUUACAAGAAGCGUUACGAAUAUCAUAGGAACCAGGAGAAUUGCGUGGCCAUUUGACUCCAAGAAAUUGCUGAAUGGUGGACAUCCACUGUAUACGUACUCGGUACAUUCACUUGUCAAAUAUAUAUUUCGCAAGGAUCUGAACUCAUCACUGUCUAAUUUAGGGAGACUAAGAGAUAGCGCACUUCUUUAGUGUUACCUCACAACACACUCAAUACAGCCGUGAAAACCAGCAAAAGGGUCUUCUUUAAUGUCACGGCUCACUAGGAAAGACAUUUUUAAUAUUGUUCUAGAAGCUUGUUCAAAAUCUUAUCAAGGAGGAUAUUGAAUUAUACAAUUGUUUUUAUCCAGUAAGAAAAAAAAUUCCUUAAAUAUAUGAUUUACAUGUGUUACUUAGAACUUGGUGGUUCUACCCAUGGCAUUGCAUUGGUGCGAUGAUCCUUCUUUAAGGUACUAUUAUUUAUAAAUGAGCUUGGUCUUCAUAAACCCAGAUUAAUAUCAUUGGAUUUUGCAGGGUCUUUUCCUCUUUGGCAUAACAAUGGAGUAGCUAUAAUUAAUUAAAUACUGAGAAAAUGUAUGUAGGUGACGCAUCAAUAUUUAAUAAUUUGGAGCAAGCUUCGUCAAUGAAAAUAAUUUAUAAUUAGCAUUCAAAAGUAUAUCAUUGUAACAUAAAAUUAUAAAGUAUGAAAAAUGUUGUAUCGAUUUAUGCUUAUCUACAAACUUUGAUAUAAAAUAUCAUUUUUAUUUUCAUGAUUUGAAUAAAUACCAUUCUUAGAUUAUUAGCACUAUCCAAUUGUCUUUAGUAUGGGUGUUAUAAAUGAUUCCUCUAGUCCUUCAUUCCUUCAGUUUGAGUCUCUAACUUAUGUUUUUUUUCUCAAUAUUUGCUUGCAUGGCAUCAAUAUUUCUCAAAGAAAUAACUUAAUAAUUGGAGUUUUUUAUAAACAUAUUAACAAUUUAAUUAUUUGAAAUGUCUCCCUUUUAGUGAUUGUAGCAUUUUAUUUCUGUUUUUUACCAACUUUUUUUUUAUUUGGUUGUGUGUCAUAUUGCACUAAAUAAUUCUUUUUAAGUACUAUCAUACAUGAGAUGAAUAUCAGUAUUGUUUUAAGCAAAAACAUGACAAAAUAUAAUGAAAUGGUAUUUUACCUGUCAAAGCUACCCUUUUGUCAAUAAAGAAAAAACCUUUAUGGUACAUAAAAAUGGGAGUGUUCCUUUACUUUAGUAGAUCUCCUAUGCACUUUCAGGAGAUGAUCAACAUUCUCACCCAUCGAAUAGUAUCUUGACAAUUUGCACGUUACGAUCAAAUCAUCCCAAGUACCUUUGUGAAUGUACACAUGCCACAGCUUUAAUGGGACAAUUUUUUAAAAUUGAGGAAACAAUAAUAUUUUUGAUUUGAUAACAAAAAAAUAAUUUCCCUUUAAAUUAAAUUUUAUACUUACAAAUAUAACUCAAAGUGAAUAUGUUUUUCAUCUUACCCGGUUAAAGAAGAAAACUUGUCUAUUUAAUCAAAUGUUGUCGAUGCUGAAUCCAUUUUAUGUUUUGUUUCAUUGUAGUCACUCAGUUCUCUAAAACUUACUGGUAAGUAAUAGCUAUAUUAUUUCAUCUCUGUCUUUUAGCGGCCUUGCUUGAAAGCAACUAGGAGUACAAAGUUGAAAGAUUCUAAAGUUUCAUGAACGACAUAAUUCAGUCCAUCUAAACUGAUAUAAUUUAAUAUUAAUUUUUAAGCAUCACUAAGGAGAAAUAAAAAUAGUCCAUAUUUUAGUUGCUAAUUCUUCGUUUAAAAGCAUAAACAAUGGUAUGUCAAACGUUACCACGACUAUGGAAAGCAUAAGAAUUUCUAGAAUAGGCUGGGAGUUGCAUGGAAAAGGGAUGGGUCUCCUCUUAAUCUUUAGGAAGAUCAUUUCAUCUCUACAUCUAUGAUUCAUCAAAGGAGUCAAAGAUAACAAACCUUUGAAAUGUGUUUGCCUGGCUUAACGAUUAGCUUCAUCAUAGUUCAAACACGUAUAAACAUUGUUGCCGGAAAUUUACAGCACCAAAGAUAAAAUUCCGGAAAAAAGAGAUAUGAUAGCAGAAGGAAGGGCAUACGAAACGAUGAGCCAGUUGAAGAAAUAUAUUACAACAGAGACGGCUAUGACGAUGUGAAGCAGAAAACUCCUUUAUUCGCCCAAGCUACACCAAACUGACGGAAAGAAAAGCCGGGGAUACCAUUCAUCUACGGAGUUGAAACAGGGGAUUUUACCCAGGGACGGCGCUGUGUUAGCGGAGGACGCCUGAUUGACGGGAACCAUGUUACCGUUUGAUAGGAGGUGAAUAAGGACGGUGGUAUCUGCGGCGGCGGCGUUGACGGCGAGGAGGAGGUGGUUGUGGCGGCGGGGAAGGCGGUAAGUAA